AUGUCGGAUGAAAGAAUAGAUAGGAAGAUAGAUACGAAUUUGAGGUUGGACAUUUUAUUUACUGGCAAACGAGAAGAACUAAGAACAGGUUUAGUGGCUAUAGAAACAAAAUUGGGUUGGACUUUGAUGGGUAAAGUACCUCAAUCCGAACAUCAGCACAAUGUAAAUAUGACUAUAGUUUCUAUGUUAUCUCAAGAAGACCUGCCUAUUUCAUCGUUGUGGGACUUAGAAUUAUUGGGUAUCCGAGAUCCUGUUGAACAAAAAACUAAAGAAGAGUCAAGAAGAGCUAUUAUGGUUCAUUUCCAAGAAACAGUUCGUCAAUUAGAAAAUGGUAGAUACGAGGUUGAUAUGCCUUGGAAGAUUGAGCAUGCAGUCUUACCUGACAAUUAUGACCUAUCUUUGAAAAGACUCGAAUCUACUACGAAGAAGUUGGAAAAAAUCGGAUAUCGUGAAAGAUGGUUAGGUGUGAUGAAGGAAUCCAAUUUAAGUAUCCAUACUUUUGUCGAUGCCAGCAAGACAGCUUAUGCGGCAUGCAUUUUCUUAAGAAGUGAAUCCAGUAUGGGUUCAGUGACUGUUCAAUUACUUCAAGCCAAAUCACGAAUAACUCCAACGAAGACUAUUACUAUACCACGACUUGAACUAAUGGCUGCUACCAUAGGUGCUAGGCUGUUUAGUUCUGUGAAGCAAGCUCUAAAACUUCCCAACAUCAAGACUUACUUUUGGACAGAUUCUUCCACAGUUCUUGUGUGGAUAACUCGUCGAGAACAGUGGUCGGUAUUCGUUACAAACAGAAUAAGUGAAAUUAGAAAAUUGACAAUUUCGGAAGAUUGGUUCCAUAUUUCAACUGACCAGAAUCCAGCAGACAUUUUGUCAAGAGGUUGUGGACCUAGGCAACUUCAGAAACGCAAGUGGUGGCAAGGGCCAGCCUGGUUGAAGAAUCCGAAGGAGCAGUGGCCAAAGUCAGCUGUAAAUAUUAACGAAAAAGAAGUAGAGAUAGAGAAACGAAAGUCAGUCAUCUCUGCUAAAAAUGUUCCUUCUGAUAUUUUACCAGUGCUAGUUUAUGUUUCAGGUUAUGUUUCCAUGAAAGAAUUAAGGGUGGUAAAAUGCAGUAUUUGCCAGGACUGGUUGCAAAGUGUUCAUUCGGUAGAUAUAGCAGAUGAUAUUUUUGGUUUUCUUAAAGAAUUAGAUAGGGGGAAAUUAACUUUACCAUCUGAAAUGGAUUUGGAACAACAGUUUGAAAACGAGUCUAUGCCUAUCAACGCGGAUGUACUGGAGAUUGCGGAUUCUGAGUGCAAUUAUAAACAACGCCAUGAGAACCCCCACAGAAACACCCGUCUCUCAGAACGCUAA